GUGAUGUCGUUGCCGUCGUCGCAUCCGUCGUCGUUGUCGUUGUCGUUGUCGCUGUGGUUGUUGUUGUCGCCGCACUCCAUCUAGUUGUUGUUGGUGCAGCAGGCAACACCAACUAACCAACCAACCAACCAACCAGCAACAUCAGGCUGUCAACCGCCAGCAAAACAACAAUUAAGCUAACCAAUUAUAAUAUGCGUUCGCUAAACGGAAAAUUCAUUUGCGCAUAUGGAAUGCUGCACACAUAGAUAUAUAUACAUAUAUAUAGCCCUACAUAUACAUAUAGAUAUUUAGCUAUAUAAAAAUAUAUGUUAUACACACACAAAUCUACAUAAAAUCUAAGUGCAAACCAAUUGUGAUUUAAGCUAAUGACCACAACCACAAAACUAAAAGCGUAUAGAGAAGCCGAAGAAAAAGUGUAUAAAAAUUUUUCAAGUUUAUUAAGUAAAUGGAAAUCAACCAAAAGCCUUGUAAAUAGCUAAACAAAAACUCUUUUCUUUAUGAUAAAACAAAGGAUAUAAAUAUAAACCAAAGAAAAACCAUGAAAAACAAACAACGAAUAAGCAGACAACGCCGUUUACAACUUCAUAUAGAAAUGCUUUGCUGAACAACUGGAGACUAUAGACGACUCCCUAGAAAACCGAGGGGCCUGCGAAUUCGGAACGAUCUCAACGCAAAAAUGGCACCGAAACGCACUGGGCAACAACAGCAACAAGGGACGCAACCAACUGGGCAAAGGCCGCUGCAGCAACAACAGCAAUUAGAGACAACAACAAAGGCCCGGCAACGAUAUAGAGCGGUGGAAAAAUGAAACAAAAACCAGAAACGAAUUUUCCACUCAAAUUUGCAUUCAGCCAAAGAAGUACAGAGGUCUAAACAAAGAAGGAAGAGGAACAACACUCACAGAACAACAAAAAACGGCGCUCACUAAGAAAGUCGCCAGUGAAAAGGGGUCAGAGGGCACGCACACACAAACAGACCGCAACACAAAUACAAGCAUACAGAGCGCAUAAAACACAUAAAACAUUCAACACACACACACACACGCACACAAAGGACGACGAGUGCAUUGUGAACAAUUUUCAACGAAUUUCCAAAAGUCUACAAAACAAAUCUAACAAAAGUUCAUUACAAAUAACAAAAGAAAAGCAUAAAAAAUAUUUGAAAUUUGCUCUGUGAUUUUCUAUCAGAAAUGGUUUAGUAAUCCAAAUAAUAAUAAUAAUAUUUAAUAACACAAAGUAUUUAUAAAUAUUGCUAAACUGCAUUCCAAGCUAAACUAAACAAGAGAGAAGUUUAUCAAAUCCCCAAGGAAAAGCUUUAAAUUCAAUCGAAAACAAUUUCUAUAAAUAUUACCAACCAAAGUUUAUUACACUGCGCCUAAGUAGAGCAGCUAACGCUAGUCAAGUACCGAAACACGUCAACGAACUCCGAUCAGAACCACAAUUCCUCUGAAGGACAUCCACAGACCGGAGCCAUGGACGAAAUGCCCGACCUGUCGCACCUCACGCCCCACGAGCGGAUGCAGAUCGAGAAUGUCCUCAUGCGGCAGAAGCAGGAGGAGGAGAAGCAGAACGAGAUCAUGCGGCGGAAACAGGACGAGGUGGUCACGCUGGAAAUGCAAAUCAGACAGCGCUCCGAGCAGCAGAAGAAGGCCGGCGUGGAGCUGGAUGCCACCUGUCACAUAUGCCUUAAGACCAAGUUCGCCGACGGAGUGGGCCACAUUUGCCACUACUGCAACAUUCGCUGCUGCGCCCGGUGCGGCGGUAAGGUGACGCUCCGCAGCAACAAGGUGAUUUGGGUGUGCAUCCUGUGCCGCAAGAAGCAGGAGCUGCUGUCAAAGACUGGCCAGUGGAUCAACAAGACGGCGGCCCAGCAAGAUGGUUUCAUCCGACGCAUCGAGCCGGAUGGGAGCAGCGACAUAUCGCAGCACCCCAUCGUGGAUCCGCACGACACCACGGACAAGCGGCCCAAGCUGGAGCGGACGCGCAGUGCCGCCGAGAAGGAGAACCUGCCGAUGCAGCGGGCGGGCAGCAUGCUGCGGCGCCAGUACUCGCAGCAGGAGCAGCCCACCAACCGCCGCCUCUCGGCCUCCGACAGCGGGAUGGACCCCAUGAUGAGUCCCGGCCAGCAGAUGCAGCACCACCAGCAGCAGCUGCAGCAGCAGCAGCGCUCUCGGAUGCAGCCCAUGAAUCCGCAGCAGGCGCAGCAGGGAUACGGAGGGCAGCAGCAGCAGAGGUCGGGUGGCGCCUAUCCCGACGACGAUCCGCGAUACUAUCAGGGUGAGCUGGAUGGCCUAAUGAGGCAGCAUCCGCACCUGGCGCAUCCCAGCCAGGUGCAGCCGCAACAUCCGCCGCAGUCGCAGUCGCACACGCAGCACCAGCAGCAGCAACAACACCUAAUGCCGCAGCAGCAUCGCCAAUCACCGCAGCAACAUCCGCAGCAGCAGCAGCAAUUUGCAUCUAGGCAGCAACAUCAGCAGCAGCAAUCCUACCAGGCGCAGAUACACCAGCAGCCGCAGCAACAUCCGCAUCCGCAUCCCCAUCCGCAGCAGCAGCAACACCAGCAACAUCAGACGAUGCAGCAGCAGCAUGGCCAGCAGACGGCGCAGAUGGGUGGCUACCAGAAGCCGCCACCUUUGACCCGCAACCUGACCAUCAGCGGGGGUCAUGCGAUGGACUCCAGUGCCUACAGCCAGCAGCAACAGCAGCAGCAGCAGCGGCGAGCCCUGGCAGGAUCGCAGUACGCCUCGCAGCAACAGAGGUCCUUCAGCAGCUCGGAGGAGGAGUUCCAGCAGCAGCUGCUGGCCGCGCAGGCAGGCGGCCGGAUCGGGGGCGUGGCCACGGUUACCGCCGGCUCGGACUAUGACGGCGGGCGCCUCCAGGUGCGCACCUCUUUGGAUCCGUGGCGCCAGCAGCGCAGCCUCAACGAGCGGGAUCUGCUCAGCGCCGGCGGCGGUGGUGCUGGUGGUGCCCUCGGUGGUGCUGACUUUCGCCAGCGGCUGUACGCCUCCGCCGAUCAGCGGGAUCGCUACGAGCUGCAGCUGCAGCACCGCGAGCGUUUGGAGCAGUAUCCCCUGACGCGUACCGCUCGAUUGGACGUCCAGCAGCGUAACUCGCUGAACCGCAGCAACCACGAGCGGCAUUUCUCUAGCGGAUCAGCAGGAGGAGCGGGUGGAGCUGUUGGAGCCGGUGGUGGUGCUGCUGGCGCCUACCGACGUGCCCCGCCCUUGGCAGCCGCCGGCGGCGGUGGCAGCAGCAGCAGCAGCACCACUAGCAGCAGCUACUAUCCCCAGUCGAAGCAGCCGCAGAUUGUGAUUGGUCCGGGCUACGAUCGGGGAUUGGGAACGGGAUCGGUAUCGGUAUCGGGAUCAGGAGUAUCCAUGGCAGCGGCGGAGGCCGGAGCACGAGGUGGCCAGCGUAGUGGCCUGCUGGGCGCCACGAGGGGCGGCGGUGGAAGCAGCUCCGUCAGCUCCACAGAGGCAGCCUACUGGGAUGAGCCGGCCACGAGUUCCUCCUCAUCGGCGGCCCAGGAUUCGCGGCGCUUCACCGAGCGCAGAAUAAAGAAGACGGUGCGCUUCGAUGCCCAUGACGAGGAGGCCUCCAUACUGGCAGCCACUGCCUCACUGCCACCGGUCACAGGAAUCCUGCCCUCCACGGCCGUGGAUGUGGGUGCGGCCACCAUACUGAGCAGUGGCAAGAGCCUGGAGGCAGGCGGAAUGGGAGUUCCGGUUGGAGGCGAUUGGUCGCGCUGGGAGGCCGAGAGGCAGGGCAGCCAGGACUCGGCCACCAAGGAUUCGGGCAUCGAUACAAGCAGCACCUUCACCAGCAGCGAGGACUCGAAUCGAGGAGAUGGGCCCAAGAACCCGGUGAAUUGGCAAACAUCCGCGGACAAUACUCGCCUGAUCGGGCACAUGAUAUUGCGUAAAUACUAUGAUGGGGAGGAUAUAUUAGGCUUAAAGGUCAACGGCGGUCAGCCCCUGUUAACGGGAACGGGAACGGGAGGAUCGGGAGUCGGAGGCCCAUGCGGGGCCAUUGUGGAGAAGGUGAAGCGCGGAUCGGUGGCCGAUCUCGAGGGAAGGAUUCGACCAGGCGACGAGAUCCUCGAGUGGAAUGGCCGCGGGCUGCACAACAAAAGUGCCGACGAGGUGUACGACAUCAUCGACGAGAGUCGCCUGGACGCCCAGGUGGAACUGAUCGUGAGCCGGGCGAUCGGCAGCGGCGGUGGCGGCGGCAGUGGCGGGAGCAGCACCAACGUCAGUCCGAUCAGCGGAGCCUCCGGCGGAUCCGGGCACAGCAGUGUGCCCGCCCGGCGCUCCUCGGCCAACUUCCCGCACAGCGGGCUGGCCAGCAGCAUGGCCGGCAGUGCGGUGGUCAGCAGCGGCGGACGAUAUCUCCAGCGCAAAGCUCCCGCCGUCGAGGCCAUUGAAAUCCAUCGGGACAAGCCCAGUGUGCUGAUCACCUCGCCCGGUUCGCCGGACAUCCACACGAGUGUUUCCGGACCGGGUUCGGUAGCAGGAUCGGGUUCCGGCUCAGGAUCUGGAUCUGGACUCCGGCAACGUGGCGGCGUCGGGCAGACGCAGCGCCUGGGACCAAGCCACAGUACCCACAGCCACAGCAGCAGCGGGAGUGGCAGCGGCAGCAGCACCAGCAGCGUCCACGCCCCCGCCUCCGCCCACGGCCCCACCCACGCGUCCGCUUCCGGUUCCGCCCCUGGCGGCCUGCACGGCACAACGACGGCGGGCCACCAUCACCACCCGCACCACUACCACCCGCACCAGCAUCCGCAUCCGCAUCAGCAUCCGCACCAGGGUCCGCCCGCCGCCCACCUGCAAGGCCACGGGGUGGGCGGUGGCAUCGGCAUGGGCAGCGGCUCCGGCACCACCACACAGCACAUCCCCAUCGAGGGGCGGCUGCAGCUGAAGCUCGGCUACGACCAGAACACCCUGCAGCUGAUCGUGACCCUGGUCUGCGCCACCGGUCUCUCCCUGCGCCAGAGCGGAGCGGGCCGAAAUCCCUAUGCUAAAGUGUUCCUUCUGCCCGAUCGAAGCCACAAAUCCAAGCGGCGAACCAAGACGGUGGGCACCACCUGCGAACCCCGAUGGGGCCAGACCUUUGUCUACUCCGGUCUGAGACGCUGUGACCUCAAUGGCCGACUGCUCGAGGUGACGCUGUGGGACUAUGUGCGGUAUGGGGCCAACGACUUCAUCGGCGAGGUGGUCAUCGAUCUGGCGCACCACAUCCUGGACGACGAGGCCGAGUGGUAUCAGCUGCAGCCCCACCAGGACACCUCCUAUCUCUUACGUGACGAGGGCAGCGAUGUGGACGGCCUGAUACUGACACCGACAGAUCAUUUAUCACCGCCAAGCACCAUGUCGCGUCUGAGCGACUCGGACACCACGUCUGACUGCGACAUCGAUGGAAUGACUCCGGGGGCCAGCAUCUCGUCGAUGGGCAGCUCUGCGAGCCCGCCGCCCCUGCUAGAGCUCGAUCUAAACGAGCGUCGGUCCCGACGAGACAUGUCGCCCCAGGGCCGCAAACGGGUGGCCGGGAUGGUGGCCCGCGACUACCGCACUGUAUCUGGCAUUGGACAAAGUUACCACAAUCAGGCCUCUGCCACCGGCUACUAUCGUCGCGGAGGUGGUAAUGGUAUCGGCUCAUCCAUCGGUCCCGGUGGCAUGAGCCUCAGCCAGCGGAGCCACUCGGCGGCACCCAGCGACGGUUACCACAGCAGCGGAGUAGGAGGCGGUGUGGGCGGAGUGCCCUCCGGCGGAUCCGCCUACGGCUAUCGGAGCACCAGUCCCCGAAGGGGAUCCCUCUCGCCACCCGACGACCGCUACAUAGACUAUCCAGUGCUUCCAGUUCACGGCUCGCCCAACGCCCCAUCGGUCUACCAGGGACCGGGUGGUGCGUCCUCAGCGGCGGCGGCUGCCUCGCAGCAGCAGCGAUUCCAGUCGCGAUCGGCCACAGCCACGCCCACGGGAUCCCCCAAGAAGAGGCAACUGCCACAGGUGCCGCAGACCUCUCGCAGUGCCAUGCUGCGGGACCGCCUAGGGCAGGACUUCGACGAGCGGUUGGCCUCCGGUGGUCGCUUUGGACGGCACCGCACACGGCAGCCGCACCACCAGGCCACCUACCGCAGCACCGGGAUGGGCGGCUGGGAGCGGCACUACACGGGACUGUCGGACAGCGACCUGCACUCGAUGGACGCCCGGAUGCGACCGCGACACUCGCUGUCGCCGGACAAGGACUUCAUGGGCGAGUUCGGCGACUCGGACAUGGAGUCGGUGGUCAGCGUGACCUCCAGCGCCUUCUCCACGCAGUCGGAGCGACCGCGCACCUCGCGCGGACUCAGCUUCCCGCGCAACUGGCGCAACCUCUUUGGCGUCCGCAACAGUUUCCUCAGCGGAUCAGGAGGCGAACCCAUCACUGGACUCCGGCUGCACCACUCGGAGCCUGGAAGGGCCAACACCAUCGAGGUGGAUGACUGUGACUAUCUGCCGGUGGGCGGUGCCCAGCAAUUGGUGUUGCUGGAGCAGCUGGAGCAACUGCAGCAGCUGGCUGCUCUGGCGGCGGCCGACUCACCGCCCAUUUCCGCCGGGCUAGGAAUGCCACUAGCACCACCAUCACUGGCACCACAUCAGGUUCUAGUGACCGAUGCCAACAGUGGCCAGCUGGUGGAGCAGUUCUUCGUGGAGCCCGGCACCAUGGCCGAGGAGAUGAUGGAGCCACUCGAUCCACUCGAUCCCCAUGCGCAUCUGCAUCCACUCCAUUCCGCCUUCUACUCGCCAUCGCCCCAUUUGCCAUUCGACAUCGACAUCGACAUCUAUCCACCACGACGGUCCAACGGACAGAAACCGAACGUACAAGCCGCUACCGCCGCUGCCUAUCCGCUGCCGCUGCUGCCGAGCUUUGAACAAUUCAAGCGCAUUACCACGCCCAUCACGAAUCUCUUCCGCAGCUCCUCGCCCUCGGGCCUCCAUGGCCACGCCCAUGCCCACGACCACGCCUCCACGACGCCCAGUUCGCUGGUGGGCUAUGUGCGAGAUCACCAGGACAAGAGCUGCAGCCACUGCCAGAAUGGAAGUCAGCCGGUGGUGCUCUCUACGCACCACACUUUGCACUUGACCACCGCCGGUUUGGCGAUUGGCGCUUGCCAGGAUCCCUGCUGUCUGGCGGAUGCCCAUCCGCAUCCGCAGCACCAGCCCAUGGGCUAUCCCAUGGGUGAGCCACCCUCCGCGGAUCCGGCGAUGUGCGGCGAGUGUGUGGAUCAGCACUUUUUGGGCGGGAUGACGGGACCGCAAAUGAAUCUGGGCGUGGUGCCCACCUACCAUGUGCACACCCCAACCCCAAAUGCCCAUCGUCGGGCCAGGGGUCAAAUGGCCACGCCUGCACCACCGCCCACUCAAUCGGUGCUUAGACUAUCACGACAGCUAAGCGAAGACGCCCUGGUGGCCGCCGUACCCAUUUCGGAGGCCAAGGCGCAACCCACUUCAAUCCUGAAGAAACCGAAGCUGGAGCGCAGACGACUCUUUCACGAGGGUCAGUCGAGGUCGCUGGACUACGAUGAUCUGCACACGAAGAGCUGGGGUCGCCGACGCAUUCGCUACGAAGACGAGGUGAUGCCCUCGUCCGCAGACUAUCCCUAUCCGCAUCCCAAUCCCUAUGCCAACCACUCACCAACCACGGCGGCCAUGUCGCGUCGCUAUGGUUCGGAGACCAAUAUCCGGCAGUCGUACAUGGGGGCCAAUGUGGAUGCCAACAAUCCGUUGAGUCACUCGCAUUUCCUGGUCACGGAUGACAAGAUAGUGACCAUUACCUAUGACUCGGAUGUGGGCUGGACGCGGCGGGGCGUGGCUCCAUCCCUGUUUCGAGGGGCGCACCGCCAGCGGGGAUUGGCGGAUGCCAGGCAUCACAUGUCGCUGGAUCUGCAGCGAACCAGCCAGCAGAAAUUGUAUGGACCGGCGGCUCCUUACCUCAAGCGCCGAAGGAAUCUGCCGCAUCCACCAAGUGCGCAGAAUGCCCACAACUUUUCACCAAUGGAGCCGGGUUCGGAAAUGGGAAUGGAACAGGGCAACGGAAUGGGCAGCGGUGGUGCACACAACACUACCGGUACCAGUACACACAAUAGCAACCACCACACCACCAACCACCACAAUAGCCAAGCGAGUAGUGUUAGUGUUAGCCAAAGUCACAAUCAACAAUCUCAACAACAACUUCAACAACAACAACAACAAUCAGUUAGGCAAAAAGGGAAAGAAGGCACCACCGCCAUUAGCGGAUCGAUGAUGGCAUCGGAGCAGCUGACGAAAUCUAGUAGUGGGAGCGGUGGUGCAACAUCUGCUGCCGCUGCUGGGCAUCUUGUCGUCGGUGGUACUAAUGCUAAUAAUGCUUCUUCUUCCUCUUUUGCAAAUCCCCAACCACCACCACAACAACAACAACUACUACAACAACAACUUCAUGGAUCACCCAACAAUAUCAACAACAAUAUUAAACGUGCCCCAUCAUCAACACCACAACAACAACAAAACACAAACACCAACAAUGACGCCAACAACCUGACUUUUGACCCCACACAACAACAACAACAACCACAACUACCACCCUCACAACAACAACAACCACCAAAUACAUGCACAAAUCUUAUCACAAAUACAACAACAACAUUAACAACAACAACCACAACAUCGUCGAAUGCAACGAAUGCGGCGACAACGACAACCGCAACAACAACAACAACUGCGACAACAACAAAUGCUACAACAACUGCCACAAAUCCAACAACAACAACAACGAAUAACACGAACGAACCAAACGCAACAACAACAACAACAACGAACGCUGAUGCGGAUGCGGACGCGGAUGCUCCGCUGGACGCUAUCGACUGGGAUGCAAUCGAUGCGAUGCUGGAUGAUGAUUUCAGCGAGUAUGACAAGGACAAGAACGGAGCCGACGAUCCUGGCGCCUCCAAGUCAGCGGAGGGCGGUGGUGCCGAAGAUAAAGUCGAUGGCAGCCUCUCGGACACCGGAAACGACCGGAAGAAGGGCGGCGGCGUCGAUCAGGAGCGGUCCCCCAAGGGGGGCAGCGGCAUGGGCAAGAAGUCCAACUCCACCUCGCAGCUCUCGGCCACAGGUCGUAAAAGACGUAUGGGCUUUGGAAAGAAGGGUAAGAACUCGUUUACGGUGCACCGCAGCGAAGAAGUGCUGCCCGGCGAUAUAACGCGGGAACUGCGAAGCGGUGGCGGUGGCGGACUGGGCGUUAGCCUCGGCGGUGCCGGUGGUGCCAGUGGCGCCGGUGGCUCAGGCGGCGCCGGCGGGGGCGGCCUGUCCCGCGGCUCGUCCUCGGAGGCGGACGCCAUCGAGCAGUUCUUCGGCGAUGGCGCCGGCGGGGAAAGAUUCUCCCCCUCGUUGCGCAAUGAUGGAGCUAACGAGUUCGUGGACGGUUUGGGACCAGGUCAACUGGUGGGUCGCCAAGUGCUGGGAGCUCCCUCGCUGGGCGACAUCCAGCUAUCGCUGUGCCAUCAAAAAGGCUGUCUGGAGGUGGAGGUCAUACGGGCCAGGGGCUUACAGCAAAAAGCCCAAUCAAAAAUGCUGCCUGCUCCAUAUGUAAAAGUUUACUUGGUGUCGGGAAAACGCUGUGUGGACAAGAUGAAGACCUCUUCGGCUCGACGAACCCUGGAUCCACUGUACCAACAGCAGCUGGUAUUCAAGCAGUCCUACACCGGUUGUAUACUACAGAUAACCGUUUGGGGCGACUAUGGACGCAUCGAGAAGAAGGUGUUUAUGGGCGUGGCGCAGAUAAUGCUCGACGAUCUGAAUCUGUCGAAUAUCGUGAUCGGCUGGUACAAACUCUUUGGCACCACCUCCCUGGGUCGUCCGAUCGUUUGGGCCGGCGAAUCAGUCAUUCUGGAGGAGCCGGGCGAAUAACAGUUUCCAACACUAUCGACACCCAAACCAACAAACAACACUACAACAACGAAAACACUUUAAAGCACCCAAGCACAAUUCAAUUCAAGCGAACUCUAAACUGAACUGAAUUCAUAACCAUUCGCCCGUGCUGUCAGCCCGGCAGCCAAAUAGCAAAGGACCAAAGGUUAGCCUGCAGCGGCGGAUCCCAAGAAAUAAGGCCGCCCGAUCCUCAUUCGGCAGGUUGCUGGCCUAAGCUAAGUCCACAUCUGAUCUGUUUUUUCUAUACUACGACGACGGAAGACUUGGAGGAACACAACAAACAAAUUAUGAAAAUGAUAUAAGAAAACAAAGAGAAAUAUCUAAUUUUUAUAAGUCAUGAAAACAAUUGCAUUUAAACGAACCGAGAACAGAGAACACAAGCAGAGCAGUAAAAUGAUUAAACGUAACUACGGAAUACAGAUAAAUGAUAAUUGUAAAGGCAGUCUAUAUAUACAUAUACACCUAUAUAACGGAUAACAUUUGACAAAGGAUACUUGUAAAUUAUGCAUAUUUAAAAUAAUUUUUAUUAUUACACACCUAAGAUCACUAUUAUUUUCGUAAUACGAUUACUGCGAUUAUUAUUACUUAAAAUAUUAUUGAUAAAGAAAAACGAAACAAAAAAAUACAAAAAAAAAGAAAACCAAGGAGGAGGUGGAUAAAGUUCAAGUGCUAGUGUCAGUCAUGCCUAAGCCUUAGCCUGAGCAGAGACGCAGAAGGAUAUAAAUUGUUUAUUGAAUAAAUAGCUAAAUCUAAA